CUUGGUAAACUGAUUGUGACAAAUACUCCAACACCGUAGGUGGCAGUAAUGCACUUUUAAACGUACAUAACCCAAGAAGAAGAAGCACAUCAGUUGAGGAGGAAAAGGCAGUGUGAAAUCCGGGGGUUAAGAAUUUUUUGUAGAAGCACUACCGAAGUGUUCUGUGAGAAGGAUACAGUGUUGACGGCUGGCAAUGAAGGUGAAAAUCAAACAGUGGAGUGGUGUGGCAUCAUGGCUAUGGGUCGCCAAUGACGAAAACUGUGGUAUCUGUAGAAUGUCUUUCAACGGCUGCUGCCCUGAGUGUAAGGUGCCAGGUGAUGACUGCCCACUGGUUUGGGGCCAGUGCUCCCACUGUUUCCAUAUGCACUGCAUACUCAAAUGGCUCAACUCCCAGCAGGUGCAGCAGCAGUGCCCAAUGUGUCGCCAGGAAUGGAAGUUCAAAGAAUGACACAUUAAUUUGAGCCAGACAAAGACUGUUUGAAAAUGGGGUAUCACAAAGAACUUGGAACUGUAUUGCAUAUACAUUUUUUAUCACUUAAUUGAUUUGUUUUUUAUGCAAAGUUUUGUGUCUGGCGAGGAUGGAGAGUUGAGACUGUAACACAUACAAGCAUACAAAGUUCAGUAAUCUAGUAAUGAAUCCAAAUCCCAUAAAAUGACAUUGUUCAACAGGUGUCUUAACAUGCCUUCUCAAUUUCUGUUUGAAUUGUAUGUACAGUAUAUGUAUAUUUAUUAAUUGUAUGCUGCCUCUCACUCAUUCUAAAAGAAAGAAAAAAAAACCCUCAUGGGCAUUGAACUGGCUAAUGUCUAAGUUGUAUGCUACAUUUUUCUUGAUUAAAAGUGAAAGGGGGUGUUUAGAAUUUGUCAGCAUUCUGUAUAGCUGUGAAUGUGGUGACUUAAGGAAUUCCUGCUGCAUACAAUCCAUUUAUACAGCAGGAUAUUUACUGAAGCAACUGAGGUUUGGUACCUUAUUUCAAGUGCAACAGCAGUACACCACUUGGUAAUUGAACUCUCACCCUCAGAGUUGCAAGCCCACUUCCCUUGAUACAUGUGAAGUGUCCAGCGCAGUGACUACAGCUCUGUUGGUGAAUAAGGGAGUAGUGUUGGCAAGCAGAGCAUGUCUUUGGAGUAAAAGGUGUGCUUGGCUGUGUCUAAAAUUGCAGACUUGUGGACUAGUUAGUGUGUCAACCAAGGACGGAAGUUAACGGUCAAGUGCGUCCCAAACUCAAAUACAAAACCAGUCAAAAGUUUGGACAUCUUGCCAUUUUCUGCUUCAUUUCAGUGUAUUGAUUGUCAUCAAAUAAAGUCUUUUUAUACA